AUGGAUCGGGGAGUCACCGAGCAGAACCCCUACGCCAGCGUCAACAUCCCGCGGGAGCAGUUCCAGCAGAGCUUCAUCACUCGCUACCUGAGAGACGAGCCCACCGUCAUCGCCAACCCUGUGGCCGUGCCCUCCUACGGCACCGGGGGACACACAGAGCUUGCCAAUGGCUACAACAGCCCAGCCAUCUCCACCGACAAGUCCUGGUCCCGUCCCUACAACCCCUAUGGCAGCCUGAGGAUGGCCAAUGGGGACUCAUCUGCCUCCUUCUACACCGUGACCCUGGACAAGCCACCCAAGGGCCAGGAGCAGGGGGCUGGCAGGCGAUGUGGCUGCUGCAGGUGCUGCUCCUGCUGCCCAAAGUGCUGCUGUGUCAUCUCCUAAGGGCCCUC